ACGGAAUUGAGGGAGAUCCUAAACUUGCGUUAUAGGCGACUACUAGUACCUCGCGAGCAACAGAGAGACGUUCACCAACUAUUACGUGGAUAACGCGCUGUAAAAGCGAUUCCUCCAAAAUAACAGUAGAAGAAAACAUUGCAUUACCGAGUUCUUUCCAGACGUUGAAAGGGGCGGUCCCGGCGCCAAACAGAACGGAUGAAGUAUUUCGAGCUUGAAAAUUGCUUGGAAGAGGAGCAAGAUUGGAGAAAGAAGUCGGAGAGUUGACGUCCAUAGAAUUUCCUUGGACCCAGGCCAUCAUGCCGCGCCGCCUCGCUACGCGCCGUUCAAUGUAUAUAUGCGACGUCGCCCAAUAUAUAUUGACAUGGCUCGCGUAACUCGCUCCAAAUUUUAGCAUGCCAGAGCUUACCGUUGUACGAGACUUUAACACAUCAUGGUCACCAUCCUACACCCCCGUCGCAGUCUUCAUCGAGGGGACCUCAGGCAUAGGCGAAGCGAUGGUUAAAGCCAUCGCUCACUACACCAACGGCCUCAUUAUCAUUGGCCGUAAUCGGUCCACCGCAGAAAAAACCUUCGCGUCUAUUCCCAACACGGCAGAAGACCCAGUUCUACGUGAAUUCAUCCAUUGCGACGCGGUGCUAAUGACCAACAUCGAGGUCCUCACGAAGCAGAUAUCUGAACUUGUCUACAAGCCUGUCAAUUUCCUUGUCUUACCGGCAGGGUACUUCCAGAUAUGGACUGGGAGAGAUGAGACAGAGGAGAGGAUCGAUAGGCUGCUGAGCUUACGAUAAUACUCACGACGGUUCAAGAUCAUUCACGAAUUACUUCCAUUGUUAACUCCUUGGUGCCGCCACAAGUGUACCCGUCCAGCGUCAAUUGUGAUGACUUAGGAGUGAGAAAGUCGUGGCGGGGAGGCUACCUGGUUGGCAUUGCAAGUGCUCCAUACAACGAUAUCAUGG